GUCAUUUGUCUCAUCGGUCUAUGCGUGUUUUGGGAGAAAUGCAAUUUGUCAAAAAGUAGUGCAAUUGUAAAUAUACAAAAAACUUAUUAUUUAUUAUAUAGAAACGAUAAAUAUGAUUAAGGCAAUACUGGUAUUCAACAAUCACGGCAAACCCAGGCUAUCUAAAUUCUAUCAGUAUUUUGCGGAAGAUAUGCAACAACAAAUUAUAAAAGAAACUUUUCAGUUAGUUUCCAAAAGAGAUGACAAUGUUUGCAACUUUCUAGAAGGCGGCAGUUUGAUUGGAGGUAGUGACUAUAAACUGAUAUAUCGACACUACGCAACCUUAUACUUUGUGUUUUGCGUUGAUUCCUCAGAGAGUGAACUAGGAAUAUUGGAUCUUAUACAAGUUUUCGUUGAAACGUUGGAUAAGUGUUUUGAAAAUGUUUGUGAACUGGAUUUGAUAUUUCACGUUGAUAAGGUUCAUUACAUACUCAAUGAAUUAGUGAUGGGUGGAAUGGUUUUAGAAACGAACAUGACUGAAAUAUUGACAAGGAUAGAAGAUCAAAACAAAAUGGAAAAACAGGAGGCUGGUAUUGCAGCAGCUCCGGCAAGGGCAGUGUCUGCCGUCAAAAAUAUGAACAUUCCUCAACAAAUUAAAGACAUCAAACUACCUGACCUCCCGCAAGCUAUUAAGGACCUCAAGUUCUGACCUCAAGUCGAAAAACCCUAUAAGAACUCAAAAAUGUCCACUUGUUACCUUCCCUCUGAUUGCAAAUCAUUACUCGAGGAACCUUCUUCCAUUAAAUAUACCUGAUGACCGUUCAAUUGUGUGUGGGGUCUGCAUUAAUGAUCAAAUCAUAGUUGAAAAUUCGAUUCAUCUCAGAACACCAAUGAAGUUACUAGAAAUUAGUUCAAACCUUGUUGAUUUUAUUAAUAUUUUGUAUAUUCCAACAAAUAUGACGAAUGUUUGAGAUUUAAGUUUUCAUACUCAUUACUUGUAUGAAUGGUCUUGAAUUGUAAGAGGCGAAUAUUAAAAUAAACCUUUUUAUUCAUCUCAA